CCGCGGAGCCUGCCUGUCCGCCCGCCGCCCUCCCGCGGCCCCGCCGCCCUCCCGCGGCCCCGCGCAGCCCGCCGGCGGGGGAGGCGCUCGCUCGGGCCGGGCUCGGCGCCGCGCACCGGGACGAUGGUGUGCAGGGCGGUGUUCGCGCUCUGCGUCUUCGCGGCAGGACUCAGCACCCGGAGCCCGUGGGCCGCGGCCCCCCCGGCGGCCUCUCUUCCUGCAAGCGGCGCCCCCCCGGCGGCCCUGCGGACCGGCGCCCCGAGCUCCGCCCCGAGCCCCCCGCAGAGCCCUCCUCCGACCUCCCCCCCAGGUCCCCCGAGCUCCCCACCGACCUCCUUCCCGAGCUCCCCACCCAGCUUCUCCCCAAGCUCCCCCCCGAGCCCCCCGACCUCCCCCGUGACCUCCCUCCUGACCUCCCCCCCGCCAGGCCCCGCAGCCUCCCCCUCCGGGGGCGCGCCCCACAGCCCCGCCCUCCCCGGCACGGCCUUGGCCCCGACACCUGCGCCCCCCGAGGACGCUUCCGUGGGGCCCAAGGCGGAGGCGCCGGGCAGCGAGACCUCGCCCCCCGAGGGCAGCCCCGCAGCGCCCACGGCCACGGCGCACAGCCCCGGGCCCCCGCAGAGCCCCCCGCAGGACCCCCCGCACCGCCCUCCCCAGGACCCCCUGCAGGACCCCCCGCACUGCCCUCCCCAGGACCCCCCGCAGGACCCCCCGCACCGCCCUCCCCAGGACCCCCCGCAGGACCCCCCGCAGCGCCCUCCCCAGGAUCCCCCGCAGGACCCCCGCACCACCCCCUACAGGAUCCCCCGCAGGACCGCCUGCACCGCCCUCCCCAGGACCCCCCCCGCGCCCCCCGCCGCCCCCAGCAUCCCGCCCGCCGGAGCCCCCAGCGCCCCGGGGCGCCCCCCCGCCGACCCCACGGCUCGCCCUGCGGCGCCCACCCAGGGCACCUGCCUGACCGCGGCCGCCGAGACCAGCGCGGCCCCCGGGGUCAUCAUGCGGGACGUGGAGCGCGCCCUGAGCUCAGGCAGCAUCGCCGCCGUCACGGUGACAGUCAUCGCUGUGCUGCUGCUGGUGCUCGGAGCUGCCGCCUACCUCAGGAUCAGGCACUCUUCGUAUGGACGGCUCUUGGACGACCAGGACUACGGCUCCUGGGGGAACUACAACAACCCCCUGUACGACGACUCCUAAGAGGGACGUGCCGGGCGGAGGGGCUGCGCUGUUCCUAGGGCUUUUCCCCCGAGACACGUGCAGCCCCGCUUGUCCUGUGCCCCCCACCUGCUGCUGCCACCCCCCCCCCCACAGCAUCAUCGCUCGCUGCGGGCGGAGGCUUCUGUGCUACAGCUCGGCCCACCUGAGGCCCACGGAGCCUCCUACCUGACACCUGCUGCUUGCGCCCACGGAGCCUCCUGACACCUGCCGCCAGGGCCCACGGAGCCUCCUACCUGCCACCUGCUGCCUGGCCCCAUGGAGCCUCCAACCUGACACCUGCCGCCCGGGGCCCAUGGAACCUCCUGGCACCUGCCGCCCGGGCCCACAGAGCCUCCUGCCUGACACCUGGAUGCGCUGCGAGGCCCCAAGGCCGGCACCACCCGCUGAAGGGGCACUUCCUGUUUGUGGCGGUUCUUGGACUUUUUAUUUGGGAAAUGGCAUUAAAUGUUAACAGGGUUAAGGUUGCGAGCCCUGAAGGCUGUCGCCCCACAGGAGAGGAGGCGGGGCGCGCCCGGGGUGGGGGGUGGCCAGGUGUCCCCGAGCUGCGGGACUGUUACCCCGAGGCAGCCCUCGGGGGUGUGGGGAUGAGGAGGGGGAGGC